CCUGCAGUGUCGGCAGCCCCGGAGCGCAGCGGGCAGCGGCCUUCGGGACCUGAGACCGCUGGACGCGGUGCGGGCUGGGCGGAUGGCUACGACCUCCGUGGCUGCGGGGACCGGGGCCGCGGCGGGGUCCGAGUCGGCGGAGGGUCCCCCUGGGCCGGCCGCGGCGCUGGAGCUGUGGCUCAACAAAGCCACAGACCCAAGUGUGGCAGAACAGGAUUGGUUAGCUGUCCAGAAUUUCUGUGAGCAGCUGAACACUGAUCCUAGUGGCCCAGCACAUGCGCCCUGGCUGCUGGCCCACAAGAUCCAGUCUCCACAAGAGAAGGAAGCUCUCUAUGCCUUGACGGUGCUGGAGACGUGCAUGAACCACUGCGGGGAGAAGUUUCAUGGCGAGGUGGCCAAGUUCCGCUUCCUGAAUGAGCUGAUCAAGGUGUUGUCUCCAAAAUACCUCGGGGCCUGGGCCACGGAGAAAGUGAAAGGCAGAGUCAUUGAAAUACUCUUUAGUUGGACCGUCUGGUUUCCAGAGGACACCAAGAUCCGAGACGCUUACCAGAUGCUGAAGAAACAAGGAAUCAUAAAACAAGACCCUAAACUACCAGUGGAUAAAAUCUUACCCCCACCUUCUCCGUGGCCCAAGAGCUCCAUCUUUGAUGCUGAUGAAGAGAAGUCAAAGCUUCUGACAAGACUUCUGAAGAGCAGCCACCCUGAGGAUCUUCAGGCUGCAAACCGGCUGAUCAAGAGCUUGGUCAAGGAGGAACAGGAGAAAUCAGAGAAGGUGUCUAGGAGAGUGAGCGCGGUGGAAGAGGUGCGGAGCCAUGUGAAGGUCCUGCGGGAGAUGCUCAGCAUGUACCAAAGACCGGGGCAGGCCCUGCCGGACCAGGAGGCCUUGCAGGUCGUGUAUGAGAGGUGUGAGAAGCUGCGGCCCACACUGUUCCGGCUGGCAAGUGACACCGCUGAUGACGACGACGCGCUCGCGGAGAUUCUCCAGGCAAAUGACCUGCUCACUCAGGGAGUUCUGCUGUACAAACAGGUGAUGGAGGGUCGAGUCACCUUUGGGAACACAGUGGCCAGCUCAGUGGGAGACAUUCCUGCCUCCAGAGUCUUUCAGCAUCCAGCAUCAGGCUGCAUGAAGAAUUGCCCCCUGAUUGACUUGGAGGUGGACAGUGGUCCUCAGCAGGCUGGGCCGGUGGCACCAUCCUUGCUUCAUCAGGACCUGGCAGCCUUAGGGAUCAGUGAUGCUCCUGUCAUGAGCAAGGUUGCCGCCCAGAAUUGCUGUAAGGAAAAGAAGAAUCCUACCGGCAGCACCCUACCCGGAGGUGGUAUUCAGAGCCCUUCUGCAGACAGGAACUUACUGGAUCUCCUGUCCCCAGAGCCUUCUCCAGGCCCUCUGAAUUAUGUUCCACAGAAGAGUAUCCCCAAGGAAGUGCCGCCAGGCACUAAGUUAUCCCCGGGUUGGUCGUGGGAAGCUGGCUCGUUGGCUUCUUCCCCGGCCUCACAGAGUACACCUCUGGCUCAAGUGUUUGUCCCUUUGGAGUCGGUGAAGCCCAGCAGCCUGCCUCCCGUCAUUGUGUACGACCGGAAUGGAUUCAGGAUUCUGCUCCACUUCGCCCAGACGGGGGCACCCGGCCACCCUGAGGUGCAGGUGUUACUGCUGACCAUGACGAGCACUGCUGCCCAGCCUGUGUGGGACAUCACGUUUCAAGUGGCGGUGCCAAAGUCAAUGCGAGUGAAGCUGCAGCCAGCGUCCAGCUCCAAGCUUCCUGCAUUCAGCCCUUUGAUGCCUCCAGCUGUGAUAUCUCAGAUGUUGCUGCUUGACAAUCCACACAAAGAACCUAUCCGGUUACGGUAUAAGCUGACAUUCAACCAGAGUGGACAGCCCUUCAGCGAAGUAGGAGAAGUGAAAGAUUUUCCCGACCUGGCCGUGUUGGGGCAGCCUAACUCCUCACAAGAGGACCCUUGGAGUCAGGCUUAGGCCAAUGUUCUCUGUCUUGUCGGGUAGUUGUGGUGACUCUGCAAAGUGCCAGGGCUCUGUCCCGAUGCUGGCUCUGAAUGGCAGCCUCUGACCUGUCUGCAGAUCUGUGCCUGUGUGUUGUUGGGGCCGGGGGUGGGGAGCAGGGCUUGGGAUGCAGGCAGUGUCGGGGACUGACGACCCUCUCUGCUGCAGUCCUGUUUCCGCAUGUCGGUGGACACUGCUGUCCCUGCCUUGGGUUGGAGGUUUUAUAAGCCAAAGGUUUUUUCAUGUGUUGUUAUCUUUUCAUUCACCCACUCUGUGCCUUGUCUGCCUUUGAAAUUCUCGGUUGCUCCCAGGCUGCUGUUCUCAGGGACCUUAAAAGGGACCUGGUCGGUCUUGGGGCAGAGCACGUCCUCUGAGGCACCUGCUUCCAAGAAAGACCUUGUCUCCAUUUUCAUUCAAGAAUGCUGCUUGUGUGUGCUGGGAGAGGACUCCUGAGUAGAAUGCUUGUCGCACUGUUUCCAGAUGAGGGGCUGCUGCGAGCCCAGAAGAGCACGCUUGGGCCAAUCAUGUCCUUCACCACUGUGCCUUAGAAUUGCCCUCCAUGGACCCUUGGGCAGGAGCAAGCAGACCCCAGGCCUUGCCCAGGCCUCAGGUUACUUGAGGGCUGAACAGCCUGUCCGGGCCCUGACUCAGGACCCUCAUUUCUCUCCUCAUUCUCUUUUCUCCACAAGCGUUUCCUCCGAUCUCUGUGACACCAUGUCAGUUAUAAAUCCUAGCUAGCAGCCAGUCCUUGUCUGUUGACUUCACAGUACAAGAUGGGGAACUCUGACAUAGAUAGACAUGAAGAGAGUUGGGCAGUGAUUUAAGUUGUAACUAACUAUAGAAAGUCUUUUAAUAAACACCAUGUCGCAAAUUCGCCUUGUGGAAUGUGGAGUAAGUAGGAGUGAGCAUUUAGGGGUGAUAGGCCUGAAGAGAACUGUCUCCUGCUGAGAUGUAAGGAAGACUUCGUGAAGGACAGAGCUUUACCUACCUCACUGAAGAGCAAAGCCCUGAAGCCCUGUGCAAAGCUGGAAAUGUGUUACAUUUAUCAACUGAAGGGGGAAAUUCGGGCUUAUAAAUAGUUAAUACUUACCAUCAAGCACCUGUUGCAUGUUAAGAACUUUGAUGUGUGGGCUGGGGAUUUAGCUCAGAGGCACUGUGCCUGCCAUGCAAGCGCAAGGUCCUGAGUACCAGAAAACCCACUUUGAUUGCAAGUUCAGCAAGUCCUGCUUGGCCUGAUCAGUAGGAGCAGGAACGCGAGCCUGGCUGAGAGGGGUUGAGGAAGGGCUGAGAACUUGGCUCUGUUUGGAGCUCUCAGUCGUGAGGUCUGGUUCUAUGACAUAUCUUUUGACUUCUAAGAUAAUUAGCAGUCUGGGCAGACAAGGUGUCCCAGCCCUGUAAUCCUGGCACUCUGGAGGCUGAGGUGGGAUUGCUGUGAGUUUGAGGCCAUCCUGGGCGACGUAGUGAGUCCAAGGCCAGCCUGAACUGAACUAUGCAGCGAUACACCCCCCUACACACACAAAAAAAAAUUAGGAGAAGUUUGCCACAUUAUUGGGUGGGAAUAGGUAUGGUAAAUUUUAAGCAAAUGUGGAAAACUUACAAAACAUAAACUGGGGUGGUUUCUUCAUUUGACCUAAUUUGUGAAGGACUAACUUUGAUCCAAAAUGAUAUUCAGGUGUUCUUAGUUUUUAUUGGCUCCAUAGCUGUUAGGGAAAGUUUUCAAGGAGUUCCCACCACAACCACCUAUGCCUCUCCUCUGAAGAACUUGUCAUAGAAGACAUGAAAACAGAGGCUUUUUAUCCUGUAUUUUGAAGGUGAACUCAUGCAUGUACUUGAACAUCAUUGUGCCUCCAGGAGAGAAUGGUACUCUGCAGGUAGUGUUGGACAGAAUAUGGGUAUCACCCAACCAUGACCACCUACCCUGAACCAGAUACCGCUGUGGGCACCAUAGAUGUAAUGGUGACCAAAGUCCUCUGGAGGGAGAUGCAUUCAUAAUCUAUCAGCUGGAUACCUGAGUCCACACGGUGAGUGUUCUGAACUUUUUUGGAUCCUAUUCACCUUUAUUUCUUGAUCUACCUCUGCCCCUUAAAAGUGGUGGCUCCCCAGGGCUUAGACCUUAAGAGUCUUUUAAAUCUACACACUGAGUGUGGCAGUCAAACCCUUUGAGACCACUAGGUGAACCCCAGCCCCAUCCCAGGCUCCCACCUUGCUGAGGUCAGAUCUGUAUUUCACACUCGCCAUGGGUGUCUUUAUCUAGGGUGCCACUGUUGCUUCAGACUCCCAAGAAUAGAACCCAUCCCCUGCACCUGAGACUUAAUGGAUCCUUGGUUCCUGCUUCAUCUAUAUCUGCUCAGUUUUGCUUCGUUUAGUAUGUUUUCUAAAUAUUACCACAUCCAAGCUGGGCAUGGUGUCACACUGAAAAUCGCAGCACUCAAGUCAUGGCAGCAGGAUUGUAUGCUGGAGCCUAGCCUGAACAAUUUAGCAACUGAGCAAGACCCUGUCUCAAAAAUAUAAAGGGGCUAGAGAUAGAUGUUCAGUGGAAAGGUCUUGAGUUUAAUCCCCACUACUGGGGAGGAAAAAACUUGAAGUGGAUAUAUUAAUAUCAGGCAGAAUAAACUUAGACAAGAAUAUUGGUAGAAAGGUACAUUUAAUAAUAAUAUUAGUGUAUAGAAGAUAAAAAAUUGUAUAUGCACCUGAUAUUGCAGCCCCAAAUACCUGAAGCAAAAACAACAGGAAAGUGGACUAUUUAACAAUAAAAGUUGGAGAUUUCAAUACCUUAUUUUCAAUAAUUAGUAGAAAAACUAGACACAGGUCCAGGGAUUUAGUUCAGUGGUUCCACCACCUGCCUCGCAAGCACAAGGUCCAGAGUUUGAUCCCUGGUACCAAAAACCCCCAAAAAACUAGACACACAAUCAGCAAGGAUGUAAAAUAGUUGAACAACACCAAUAACUAAGUUUACCUUGACUGCAGAUACUCUUUCUCAAGUGCACGUGGAAUAUUUUUCAGGAAAGACCAAGUUAGGAUGUAGAGUCUCAUCACUUGUAAAAGGGUUUAAGUCACGCAAAAUUUAUAACCACAUGGAAUGGAAUGAAAUUGGAAAUUAACAGAAAAUCUGAGAAAUACUUGAUAUUUGUAUUUUUAAAAAUUUAAACAUUUUAGAUAUACAUAAUAGUCAACAUAGGAAAUUUGUACCUGUACAUGAUGUAUCUUGCUGCUUUUUUUCCCAUUCCCCUUCCCUCCGUUCACACUUUCUUCCCCGCCUUAUUUACAAAAGCUUCAAAA